UCGUAAAAACCAGGACAACUCCUCAUCCCUGUGACCGAAAAAAAAAAAAAAACAGACAGGGAGACAGAGGGGUGGAGUACAGGAAGCUGCUGUCCCUAAAACCUAUCUGAACAUGGGCGAAAUCUAAACACUACAGAAAUCACAGUUUCUAUUUUUCAAUCAUUUUUGGAACCAGAAGCUGCGGAUAUUUCCCAUAUUUUUUUCUGGAUCGGGGUUGGAGAUAUAAAGCGAGAAGAUGUCUCGGGGAGUGAUGCAGCCCAGCCAGCAGAAACUGGCAGAAAAACUCACCAUCCUCAACGACAGAGGCAUCGGGAUGUUGACUCGUGUUUACAAUAUCAAAAAGCAAGGACAAGUUUGGAAGGCAUGUGGCGACCCGAAGGCCAAGCCCUCCUAUCUUGUCGACAAGAACCUGGAGUCGGCUGUCAAAUUUAUCGUUAGGAAGUUUCCUGCCGUCGAAACGCGCAAUAACAACCAACAGCUGGCUCAGCUGCAGAAGGAGAAGUCUGAGAUCCUCAAGAACUUGGCUCUCUACUAUUUUACCUUUGUGGACGUCAUGGAAUUCAAGGACCAUGUGUGUGAGCUGCUGAACACAAUCGAUGCCUGCCAAGUCUUCUUUGACAUUACUGUGAAUUUUGACCUGACCAAGAACUACCUGGACCUGGUGGUGACAUACACUACUCUGAUGAUAAUCCUCUCCCGCAUAGAGGAGAGAAAGGCCAUCAUUGGACUGUACAACUACGCCCACGAGAUGACCCACGGAGCCAGUGACAGAGAAUACCCCAGGCUGGGUCAGAUGAUCGUCGACUAUGAGAACCCUUUGAAGAAGAUGAUGGAGGAGUUUGUUCCACAUGGAAAGUCGCUGUCGGAUGCGUUGAUCAGCCUUCAGAUGGUCUAUCCAAGGAGGAAUCUGUCUGCCGACCAGUGGAGGAACGCCCAGCUGCUCUCUCUAAUCUCUGCUCCCUCCACAAUGCUCAACCCUGCUCAAUCAGAUACUAUGCCUUGUGAAUAUCUGUCAUUGGACGCAAUGGAGAAGUGGAUUGUGUUCGGCUUUAUCCUGUGCCACGCCGCGCUGAACAGCGACGCAGCCGCCCUGUCUCUAUGGAAACUGGCCCUGCAAAGCUCCACCUGCCUCUGUCUGUUUAGGGACGAAGUCUUCCACAUCCACAAGGCCGCAGAAGACCUGUUCGUCAACAUCAGAGGGUAUAACAAACGCAUCAACGACAUCAGAGAGUGCAAAGAACAGGCGCUGUCUCAUGCGUAAGUGAAGCUAUAAUCCUGUUAGGAUUCCUUUCAUCAUAUCUUAGCUGAAA